AGAAGUGAAAGUGAAAGUAGGUAAGAGAAGCGUGUGCUGGGUCCCGGGGAGCUGCUCGGUGGCGGGGGCGCUUCGCCAUGGGGGGAGAUGCAGAGCCUCGCAGGGCAGAUCGGGAGCAAAUGGUCCCUCCGGCCUCCGCCCCGCGGGGAGAGGUCGCAGCGGAGGAGGAGGCGCGGCCGGCACCGUCGAGCCAAGUCAGAGUCAGACCUGAGGGAUGUAGCCCCGCUCCCGGCUGGGGCCCAGCUAGCCCUGGGCGGCGCUUGGCCUGCGGAUCCCUCCAGUAAAGGGGGCUCAGCACGGCACUGCCUGGUGCAGAUGGAUACCAGGGACCGCGAUCCGGAGCCGGAACAAGGCGCAGGAGGGGAAGCGGAGCAGUUCCUGGAGUCAGGGCCGGGAGCCGGGACCCUAAAGGCCAGCUGGAUAGAGGCCACGUGGGGCCUCUGCUUACACCUCUGGUUCUGGAGACGAGUUGCUGGAAUUUUGAUUGCCGUUCCUGUGAUUUUACUCUUGAUCUGGUUUAGCUGGAGUUCUCCAAUAUUGCCUCACCUGGAGCUGUGCCGUGAUGACUGGCUAUACUACAGAAAGAAAUGUUAUUACCUCUCAGAAGAUCAAGCAGACCGGGACUCCAGUCAGCGCUUCUGCUCUGCACAUGGGGCUUCUCUUGCUGUGAUUGAAAGCCAACAAGAAAUGAAUUUCAUAAUGAAUCAAAUGCACACAAGAGACUCUUGGAUUGGA